ACUCCCUUUUCUUUUCAGAUUCCACAAGGGCUCCGCCUGUCUGCUUUUCCUCCGUCAACAAACAGGGCAACAAAUACGGCAACUGUGGCCAGAUGCCAAACGGAACCUACAUCCCCUGCCCUAGCAAAGAUGUGCAUUGUGGGAGGCUCCAGUGCCAGGGAGGCAACGACCGUCCAUUGCUAGGCACCAGCGCUGAGAUCCUGACCACCAAAGUAAAAUUUAACUACAGCGACUUUGUCUGCCGGGGAACCUACUUCCACCUUGGCGACGACGUCUCCGACCCUGCUAUGGUGGCACAGGGCACCGCGUGUGGUCUUGGCAAGGCCUGUUGGAACCAGCGGUGUCAGGAUGUGUCUUUGUUCGGCGUCGACGAUUGUCAGAGCAAAUGCAACGGACACGGGGUGUGCAACAGCAAUAAGAACUGCCACUGUGAUGUGGGUUGGGCUCCUCCAGACUGUAGGUACAUGGGCCAUGGAGGCAGUGUGGACAGUGGCCCUGCAAGAGCACCUAGAGGAUCUGACCCGGCACGUGUGGCCUUGCUGGUCAUCUUCCUCUUCAUCCUGCCAGUGGUUCUCCUCUUCCUCGCCCUGCGUUUCCCCCGGUGUCACCGCAACCUGCCCUGCCUGGGUACUACCAGCCUCUUCCACAAGGGCACCGGACGCCAACAGAGCCGGACCCCGGCCACAGAGCGAGUGGAUGCUCGUAACGGGGAGCAGGUCCAACCACUGAGGUACCACUGGAGCCGCCAGAGUGACAUCCAAAUGACCCCGUCUCCGCCUUCUAACAAGGUUCAGGACAGACCUGCUCCGCCUACUAAGCCACUCCCCUCUGACCCUGUCUUAAAACAAGCCCAGCCAUCGUUGAGUCGGCCGGCUCCUCCCACCAAGCCUCUACCCCCUGACCCUGUGCUAACAGGCAGCCAGGCCCUUGUACCACCCAAAAAAACACCAGCACCCAGGAAGUCCUUGCCUUCAGAGCCCCCGUCACAUCCCACCCACCCUGGGUACAUUGCAUCUGGUGCCCCCCUGCAACAUGGAGCGAGUAGAACUUCAGUUCCACCUGUUGGCCCUCCUGUUGCAGCCGUCCCUUCCAGACGUGCCCCUUUACCUCCAGUACGGACGUCACAACCCAGAAAACCCAACUCGACACCUCCGGUUUAACUGACAAAGAUCCACAAAACCACUAAGAUUCUGAGAUUCUCCUAAACCGGACCUGACAGCAUGAAUUGCACUGAUUCAGCCAAGAGUUUUAUUAUGGAGAACCUUAUAGGAAGGCUCAGAACCCAGAAGUCUCCAAAUGAAGGCUGCUUUUCACUCUCCCUGCCCCCCCCCCCCUAAACUAUUUCCUGUUGUCUUCUUCCUGAGAGACUGACAGGUGCCUUGGGUGGUUGGUUACCUGCCGUGUUGGGACAGACUGGGGCUCCGAGCAAAGCAGAGAAGGUCUGGAAUGUUCAGUUGGGUUGAUCCGUUGGCCAUUAAGAAACUGGAUGGAUGUAGUUAAAUAUCCGUCAAAGAUGUAACACUUCAUGAAAACUGUGUGGCUUUUGACAUUAACUAACAAUUACAAAAACGGAUGUCUACACAGAGGCUAAACUCAAUUGAGAUUAAAGGCCCAGUACUGGUUUUAUGGCACUUGCACGUUUGAAUGUGCCCUGUGAUGCUUCAGAACAACGUAUUACUCUUCUACUUAUAGGUUGAAGCCCAAGUCAUCCUCCCAAUCCGACUGUGGCCACCACUUUUGCACCAUUUUGCAGUAUUUUAUUUUAAGUGGCUUGGCUAAUGCAGGCGUCAGGAAACCAGUCCUGACCACCCCUUGCUCUCUUUCUGGAAUAAAGAAGCAUGUCAACACUUUCAUUCACCGCAAUGAUUUCUUUGAUCUCCAUCACAAUGGUGUCAUUGAGGGGGAGGACCUUGCAUGCAACCCUCUCUGACUAACCCUUGAGAUGAAAUGAGAAUAGUGUCACAGAAGCUUUAGUUCUUGAUUGCAGAGCUGUACAACUAACUGCACAACUGUAAAUACCAGAGAAUUCUAACUUACCUACUAGUUUUAAUUCUACAAUAAGGGCUAUUUAAAAGCCAAAGAGAUGAUCUCUGGAGAAGUGAAGGGCGAAGUAGAUUGAACUUUGUGAAAUGAUAGGCCACUUCUCGAAGACUGACCUACGCUGUGACAGAAGAUCAGUUGCCUUUUUUGUGAGAACACUCAGAUGUAACAUGAAUUGUUACGAAUUUUGCUCAAUGCAAUUAUGGGAGUGUCUUUUCAUGAGACUGUUCUACUUUGACCUCUGUCAUUCUGCAUUUGUCCUACUGUCUCAAUUGAGACGUUCAUUGCUGCUGAGGGAAAUAAAACAGACUGCGGAAAAGUGA